UGGGAUGUCUAUAAACUGGUUCGACUGUUAGUACGCGACGCAAGUUUAGCGCUUAUAAUUUUCGUAGACAGAAACCCAGUCAAAGGAAUGAAGACACAAAUGCUCAAUUUUUUUUCUGUGCAACGAUUAAUUUAAAUUUUCAAAGGGCGACAAAAUCAAAACAAAAAUUAAAUCUUUUUAGUCUUUUAGUUCUCGGAGAUGUUCUGAAAAUAUAUAAAAUAUGGAAUGGGUUAUGAUACGAAAUAGCUAUAAGACGAGUAAUUGUCGUGGCAGAACAUGAGUGGAUGUUCUGUUUGUGUUAAUGAAAGAAUAUAUAUUUAGAAGUGCAUGUGUGAAGAGUGAAGUAAACUAUGUCAACUACAGCCAGCACCUUUUCUCUCCGUAUAUGAUGCAGUGUAUAUCUGGACUACAAUGCCACUACUCCCCUGGACCCGGACGUGUUGACAGCUAUCACCGACACCCUGCGUGAUGCAUGGGGAAACCCUUCCAGCUCAUACACACAAGGGAAGAAGGCUAAGGUCAUCAUAAAUGAAUCCCGGCAGAAUAUGGCGUCAAUGAUUGGCGCAAAACCUUCAGAUAUCAUCUUCACGUCAGGAGGGACAGAGGGAAACAACUGGAUCCUGGACACUGCUGUGAAGUGUUUCCACGAUGACCAGAAUGCAGAGAACCACAGGAAGCAGCUGCCACACUUUAUCACAUCCAACCUAGAACACGACUCCGUAAAGCUUGUACUGGAACACAUGGUAUCUGCAGGCAUUGCAGAGUGUACCGUUGUGGCUGCCUCCAAACUGAGUGGGCGAGUUGAAGUCGAGGAUGUGCUGAGAGCAGUCCGCCCAAAUACCAUCAUGGUGACAGUGAUGCUGGCCAACAACGAGACAGGUGUUAUACAGCCAGUCUCCAAAAUAUGUUCUCGAGUGCGGAGCCUGAAACGCCAUCCAGGUGAGACCCCCAAGAUCCUCCUCCAUACUGAUGCUGCACAGGCUAUUGGCAAGGUCAAGGUUGAUGUCAGUGACAUUCCUGUGGACUACCUUACUAUUGUAGGACAUAAGUUCUAUGCUCCAAGAGUUGGCGCCAUAUAUGUACGUGAUCUAGACAAGGGGACACCACUCUACCCUUUGUUAUUUGGUGGAGGACAGGAGAGGAAUUUCAGACCAGGGACAGAAAAUGCUGGUAUGAUUGCUGGGCUUGGAAAGGCAGCAGAACUAGUGGUGAGGAAUCUUGACGCCUUUGAGAAACACCUGAAGGAGGUCAGAGAUUACCUGGAGGAGGAGUUAGUGAGAGAAUUUGGAGAUAUGAUUCACAUCAAUGGUAAAUUCAAGACAAGUGAGAGACUGCCGAAUACUUGCAACUUUUCCUUCAAAGGUCAAGGACUUGAAGGUCACAAGGUGCUGAACAAGGCCGAGCAUGUUCAGGCAAGUGUUGGGGCAGCGUGCCACUCUCAGAACAGAGCCUCUCCUAUCCUUUUGGCCAUUGGUAUUCCCGAAGACAUUGCCAGAAAUGCUUUACGCUUCUCUGUCGGGAGGGAGACAUCGAAAAACGACAUUGACAUCGCUGUCCGUGAUCUCAAGAAAUGUCACGACGAAUUAUCAAAGGAAUCUAACUGAUGAAAAGGUUUUGAAAAUGGGAUCUAUUUACAUGAUCGGUGUAUUGCCAUAUUUACAGAUACUGCUUCUUUCUCAUGUACAGGGUAAUAAAUAUAUUUUCAAAUAAA